GCAGCAAACCUUGAUCAAGAUGGACGUCGCUGAUCGCACAACGGGAACUGCUCACGUCCGUGAUGACCUUGCCGAGCGAUCACAAAAGCUAUUUCAAGACUUUCUUGAAGAAUUUCAAGUUGAUGGAGAAGUGAAAUAUCUUCCUGAGGUUCAAGAACUUAUCAGACCUGAGCGCAACACAUUAACAGUUAGUUAUCAAGAUGUGGAGUCUUACAAUGCACAAUUGUCAACUUUAAUUCAGGAAGAAUAUUACAGGGUAUUUCCCUAUCUUUGUCGAGCUGUUAGAAACUUUGCCAGAGACAGAGGUCAAGUGCCACCAACAAAAGAGUUUUAUGUCAGCUUCACAGAUCUACCAACAAGACACAAGAUUCGAGAACUCACCAGUCAGAAAAUUGGAACAUUACUUCGAAUUAGUGGACAAGUUGUACGUACUCACCCUGUACACCCUGAGUUAGUGAGUGGAACAUUCAUUUGCCUUGAUUGCCAGACUGUUAUCAAGGAUGUUGAGCAACAAUUUAAAUAUACUCAGCCCACAGUUUGCCGCAACCCAGUUUGUCAGAACAGGGCAAGAUUUAUGCUGGACAUAAACAAGUCGCGCUAUGUGGAUUUUCAAAAAGUGCGUAUACAAGAAACACAGGCAGAAUUACCAAGGGGAAGCAUUCCUAGAAGUGUGGAAGUAAUUUUAAGAGCUGAAGCAGUAGAACAAGCUCAGGCUGGUGAUAAGUGUGACUUCACUGGAAGCCUAAUUGUGGUUCCUGAUGUAGCACAAAUUUCUACACCAGGGGCGAGAGCAGAAUCAUCUGGAAGACAAACAUCUGGUGAAGGAUACGAAGCAGAGGGAGUGAGGGGGCUCAAGGCUCUUGGAGUUCGAGAUUUGACCUACAGAUUGGCUUUUCUUGCCUGUAGCGUCCAAGCAACAAACCCAAGAUUUGGAGGCAAAGACCUUGAUGGCGACGAUGUUACAGCAGAGACAAUUAAAAAGCAGAUGACAGAUCAGGAAUGGCAAAAGAUUUAUCAGAUGAGCAAGGAUAAAAAUCUUUACCAGAACUUAAUCAACAGCAUCUUUCCAACUAUUCAUGGAAAUGAUGAGGUCAAACGUGGAGUGCUCCUGAUGCUGUUUGGUGGAGUUCCAAAAAUCACAUUGGAAAAAACAAAUCUGCGUGGUGAUAUCAACGUCUGUAUUGUUGGAGAUCCCAGCACCGCAAAAAGCCAAAUACUCAAGCAUAUAGAGGAGUUUAGUGUCAGAGCUGUGUACACCUCUGGAAAGGCCUCCAGUGCUGCAGGUCUCACAGCUGCUGUGGUCAAGGAUGAGGAGUCAUCAGAAUUUGUCAUUGAAGCUGGUGCUUUGAUGUUGGCUGAUAAUGGGGUGUGCUGCAUUGAUGAGUUUGAUAAGAUGGACCCUAAGGAUCAGGUGGCCAUUCACGAAGCAAUGGAACAGCAAACUAUUUCAAUAACAAAGGCUGGUGUAAAGGCCUCAUUGAAUGCAAGAACUUCUAUUCUGGCAGCAGCCAACCCCAUUGGUGGGCGAUAUGACAGAACAAAGUCACUCAAGCACAAUCUGAACAUGUCUGCACCCAUUAUGUCAAGAUUUGACCUGUUCUUCAUACUUGUUGAUGACUGCAAUGAGGUAACAGACUAUGCCAUUGCUCGUAGAAUUGUUGAUCUUCACAGCCGGCUUGGGGAGGCUGUGGAGAGGACUUACAGUGUGGAUGAAGUUCAGAGAUACAUAACAUUUGCCAGGCAGUUUAAACCGACAAUCAGCAAAGAUGCACAGGAUUUCAUUGUUGAACAGUAUAAACAUCUACGAGAACGAGACACAAGCUUUGCAAGGUCAGCGUGGCGCAUUACAGUACGACAGUUAGAGAGCAUGAUUCGUCUCUCUGAAGCCAUGGCCAGGCUUUACUGUCAGGAUGAGGUUCAACCCAAGCAUGUCAAAGAAGCAUUUCGUCUUUUGAACAAGUCUAUAAUUAGGGUUGAAACUCCAGAUGUACAGUUUGAUGAAGAUGAGGAGGAACAACAAGAAGAUAUGGAUGUGGAUGGGGAGAGUGAAGCUCAUCCAAGUGGAAUGGUAAAUGGCCAUACAGAAAAAGAUGCUGAUAGGACAGAGAGUGACCAGAAGGCUAAAAGCAAACUGCGCUUGUCAUUUGAGGAUUACAGAUCAAUGGCAAGGAGUGUCGCAGGGUACUUAAGGGCAGAAGAGGAGCGAGGGGGUGAAGAUGACACUGGGAUCCGUAGAAGUGCUGUUGUUAACUGGUAUCUCAAAACAAUUGAGAAAGACAUUGACACUGAAGAGGAGUUGGCUGAAAAGAAAGUAAUUCUUGAUAAGGUUCUUGACAGGCUGAUCAUAUCGGACAAUGUUAUUUUAGCACUAAAAGAAUGGGGAACAUCACAGGAAGACUAUGUGCCAUCUGAAGAAGAAGAUCCAUUCCUAGUCGUCCAUCCUAAUGUUGUAGUUGAUGACCUGUAAACCUUCGCUGUUAAAUUCACUUCUCCCUUAGGACUGUAUAUACAACCUGCUUUUUUUUGAGGGAAAAUUUCAGUAGAUUGAUUUACCGGUAAUUUGCUUUUUCUCCUUGGGAUAUUGUUUGUGUGGCUCAUGUAAAAAGCCUGUAUUGUGAGUGAACAGGUAAGCGUUAGAUAUUGGUUUUCAUAUAGCAAAGAAAAAGUAUUUGUAUGCAAGAAAGCACUGCAGUUUGCACAUCUAACAAAGAAAGAAUGGUUCAUAAAUUUGUAUAUUUUUCCUUUAAAUACUCAGUUCUUGUUUUUUAAAAAGAUUUUGUGCAUCAAGGUGAUUUGUAUACCAGAGCAACUAUUAAUAAAGCACUAU